UAGAUGAUCAACGAUUCGGAGUUGACUUCAAAGACCCACGACCGUUCAGAUACGAUCUCUGCAAUUAGAAAGAAAAAAAUGCCGAUCAUCCAUUUUAAUAAUAUCUGAUUCUAAAUCAUCCGUCAAGCCUUCAUAAUUGUUCAAGUGUGAAAAUAUAUCAAACUGAAUCUAAAAUGCCUUCAUCCGAGAGAGAACCUUUAUUUUCGAGCUCGUCGACCUCGAUGGCACGUGGGUCAACGAGCAUGAAGUACGAUGCAGCAUUGGAGCUCGCACCAUCUCGGUCGCAAUCCGUCGUCGACGAACCACCGCCCGAAUCGAUGAAGCAGCGAAUGAGACGCUCGGUAUGGUUCCCUAUAUCAUUCGUCUUCGGGUUCGUGUUUUUCAUUACCUUGGUCGAGCACGGUGUCCGCUUCAACGUCGUACUCUACACGGAGAAGGUGCUGGAAUAUACGAAAGGGCAUUCCCCGAUCCUCAUCGCAGCCUUUGACGCCAUCGCUCCAUGCUUGCCGCUGCUUGGUGGAUGGCUCGGAGAUUCCUGGUUUACAAGGUCAAAGGUCACACUCACAGGAGCAUUUGCAACACUUUUAGGAAUUCUGCUCUUGACCAUAACCGUCGCACCAUAUUCUCCCGAGGCCGAGGAAAACUUCUCGAUAUCAGCUAAACGAGCCCUCUUCGUCUUAGGCUUUACAUUGCUCUUCGUCGGGCUUGCUCUGUAUGGCGCCAAUGAUUACGUCAUCGCAGCGAGGGAGAUCGAACGGGACAGAGGACUAAACAAUAAUGGAAUCCGGAAUAUGUUUUGUGUUUUUUAUAUAGUGUACUUUACUGCGAUCUCCUGUUCAGAGCUUGUGUUCCGAUUGGUCGACGCUACUUCGUUUUUCUUCGUCUACUUACUAUUGGAUGCUUCCGUAGUGCUUUCCAUCACAUCAAUGGUGCUAGGCCAGAAGUUUUACGUCAAAGAGCAGCGAAAACGGUUUGUGUUGAGGAAUCAGAUUCGUAUUAUAUGGGAGGGGAUACGUCGGAGGAAGCACGCCCCCAACGUUCCAAAAUGGAUCCAGCGAGCCUCCACCCAAUAUGGCGGUUCUUUCAAACCGGAAGAAGUCUACGAAACGAGUCACCUUCUGAGGACUAUUCCCAUCUUCCACACCGUCACAAUCUUCGUUAUCGUCAAUUACUUUAUUGACUUAACCUACCACGAGCAGACGCUUUUAUUGAACCCUGUCUUUGAUGACACCACGACAUCGGAAUUCAUUUACAAUCUUUAUCAGCCAAUCGUGUCAGUGCUAACAAAUCUAACUACUUUGCUCAUUCUCUAUCCAUGUACCAGCCGCUGGGGGCGCUGUGAUUCUCCUUUUAUUCGAAUAGGUGUAGGAAUACUAUUUGGAAUCCUCUCCGUCACCUUCGCUGCCAUCGUAGAGACGAGACGAAAACAGAUGACGGUAGGGGAUGAGGAGGAGGAGGACAUCAUGGUAACCAUGGUGACAAACAUCACUUAUAACGCCUCAUCUUUAAGUGUCAUGUCUCAAAUACCGCAGUACACUUGUGCAGGGAUCGCAGAUGCGCUCGUUCUCACUGCUGGCGUGGAGGUAUCGUAUGUGGAGGCCCCAUAUUCCCUCAAGGGUGUUGCGGUAGGACUGUUUCUCCUAAUGUCUGGUGUCGGUAGUUACAUCCUAGCUCAGCUCAUCAUACUCAUCGUCAAUGGCAUCUCAGGAGCAGCUGGUGAGGAAUGGUACACUGAAAACCUAAACACAUCGAGUAUGGAAUAUUUCUACUGCAUCCUGGCGGCCAUUUUGAUUUUGGACAUUCUGUACAUUUAUUUAGUCACGAGAAAAUACGAACGCGCUGAUUGGGAAAGUGUGAAGACGAAAGUGACGAUGGAUGAUAAAAACGAUGACGAUGAAAAUGUCGAUACGAUUUUUGAUGACUUUGACGGAGAAAACAGGGAAUGCCAAGAAGAACAUACGCUUGAAAUGUCAGAUACGAGUAGCUUAUCCGAAAGAUGACGUCACGUCACUCACCAUCAACCUUAAAUGUACUAGCACCACGAAAAGGACAGGAAUGGUUUAACUUAUAGAAUAGCUUUACUUAUGAUAGAAGAGUUUAGUUUGGUCCUGAGGAUAAUGGUAACCUCAAUAUUAUAACAUACUGUGUCUUGAAUAA